GACCCAGGCGGAGCGCGGGAGGCGGAGAGGGCUACCAGAGGCGGCGCGCGGCACCAGCCCCGAGGACUGUUUGGACUUCAAAAGUGGCUGCGCGGCCGCCGCCCUCCCGGGAUGCCCCGCCCCCGCGCACCCCCGCCGCCCACUCCCGGCCUCCCAGCCGCCGCUUCCGUCCUCCACACCCUACCCCCCGCCGCGCCCGGGGGCUCCCGGCCGCAGCGGCCCUUGUGGUCGGACAGUCUGGCCCAGGGAAUGCCACCGUCCGCCAGGAGGCCGUGGCCCGGGCCACGCACCCGCUCCCGCGCCGCCCGCCGGACCGCGGCCCCGCCCAGAGGAGAUGCGCCCCCGCGCCCGCAUCCUGUCCGCAUCCUUCCCGCCUCCGGCCGCCUGGCCGCCUUCCCUCUGCCGGGGCCCCGGGAAGCGGCGCCCUCAGGGCUCGCGGCCGCCCGGCCCGCCUGACAUACCAGGAAUAGCUGCUCACAAUUGCACCUUUUCCCAGCCAAGAGACGUCCCCCGCGGUGGAGCGCGGCCCGGCCCGCCGCCCUCACCUGCGGCCCGACUUCGCAGCGCGCCGCUCCCUCUCCGGCGGAGUCCGCCGCGCGCCCGCCCCGCCGCCAGAAAUCAGAUCUCCGGAAAGGAACCUGCUCGUCUGUCUAGGCUCCCUGGAAUCUCGCUUCAUGAUCCUGAAGCCCUAUCCGGGCCACACGUUGAUGUUGUCACUGUUGGAAGAAGAUAAAGAUCGGUUCUUACCCCGCUUUGGGGGCAGCAGCCCAGGAUGGCAAGAAGUGCACAGGCUUGGGAACCUGUAUGACUAAGGUUACCAAGUUACCAAAUUCU